AUGCAUCAACUCCUCAGACUUCGCGUUUCCCACGAGCGCCCUGACUGCUCGCUGCGCAGCCGCCUCCAAAAGGACAGGCUCCCUCCUCCCCGCCCACCGCAAGGGCCGCCGCAGAGCUUGGCUCUGGACCAGAAAGAGCUGGCCUCUGGGGUCUCCGCUGCCCCAUGGGGUCCGCUCCGGGCAGCGCCUCCCCCUCGCCCUUUGUGUGCACACAGCAAACCCCUCUGCAGAGCUCUACUUUUGGCGGCGCAGCCAUCGGCGGAAAAGCGAGUGAAAGGAGGAAUUUGGCACCUAACACAUUUGCAUCUAGAAGUAUGGAAUGAACUAUGCCAUAAAGAGCGCAAUGACCUGAACAAUCUAUCAGCAACCCAUGAGCCAGCAGAACAAAAGAUGACAGAACUGGGGCUGGCAGAGCAAGGUGAGAAAAUGAGACUUAAGACGAUAUAAAUAACUUGGGCAAGAUCACACAGCAAGAAAGUGAUAAAGCCAAGCCUGGAAUCUCAACAGAUACAUUGCAGAGCUGUUCUUAACCAGCACAUGUUACUGCCUCUAUGGUGUCAAUAACUUCUUGAUAUGUAUCACUUCUGAAAGGCAUUUAUUUGCUCACAGGUGGUAAUCUGAAGUCAUUAGGACAUCUUGCUCUCAGGAGCCUAUUUCCCUGAUGUCAAGGAUUUCCUAACAUUUAAAAGUUUCUACUGUUUUAAAUGACUUCAGAAUUUUCAGCAGCGAAUUUUCCUGCUCCUGGGAAAAUUUUAAAUGCCAAAUUACCACUGAUUCUGUUUUCCUGAAAAAUAAAUAAAUAAAUAAAUUGCUCAACACACUAAAAAGAAGAAGCUUGAAACACUCUUUGAAACU